AGCCCGCGGGGCUCGGUAGGGAUGCGGGCUGUGCUGUGAGACCGGGCGCCAGGGCCAUGGCCGGCGCCCGCUGCCGGACCCUGUACCCCUUCUCCGGGGAGCGGCACAGCCAAGGGCUGCGCUUCGCUGCGGGCGAGCUGCUCACGCUUCUCCAGGUCCCGGACGGCGGCUGGUGGGAAGGCGAGAAGGACGACGGGCUCCGUGGCUGGUUCCCGGCCAGCUACGUACAACUGCUAGAGAAGCCUGGGAUGGUCCCCCCUCCGCCAGGAGAGGAGAGCCAGACGGUCAUCCUUCCUCCCGGCUGGCACAGCUACUUGUCUCCUCAGGGCCGCCGUUACUAUGUCAACACGACUACCAAUGAGACCACCUGGGAACGUCCCAGCAGUUCUCCUGGGAUUUCAGCCAGCCCUGGCCCUCACAGGAGCUCUCUGCCUGCAACAGUGAAUGGAUACCACGCAUCAGGGACCCCGGCGCACCCUCCAGAGACUGCCCACAUGAGUAUCCGAAAAUCCACCGGUGAUUCCCAGAACCUGGGGUCCUCGUCGCCAGGCAAGAAGCAGAGCAAAGAAAACACCAUCACAAUCAACUGUGUGACAUUCCCUCACCCGGACACGAUGCCUGAACAGCAGCUACUCAAGCCGACUGAGUGGAGCUACUGUGACUACUUUUGGGCGGAUAAGAAGGACCCACAAGGCAAUGGCACAGUGGCUGGGUUUGAACUGCUGCUGCAGAAGCAACUGAAAGGCAAGCAGAUGCAGAAGGAGAUGUCUGAGUUCAUCCGGGAAAGGAUAAAGAUUGAAGAAGAAUAUGCAAAGAACCUUGCUAAGCUCUCUCAGAACUCCUUGGCUGCGCAGGAGGAAGGCUCCCUGGGAGAGGCAUGGGCCCAAGUGAAGAAGAGCCUGGCGGACGAGGCUGAAGUUCAUCUCAAGUUCUCUGCCAAGCUCCACAGCGAGGUGGAGAAACCCCUGAUGAACUUCCGAGAGAACUUCAAGAAGGACAUGAAGAAGUGUGACCACCACAUCGCUGACCUCCGUAAGCAGCUGGCCAGCCGCUAUGCCUCAGUGGAGAAGGCCCGCAAAGCCCUCACAGAGCGGCAGAAAGACCUGGAGAUGAAGACCCAACAGCUGGAGAUCAAGUUGAGCAACAAGACUGAGGAGGACAUCAAGAAGGCACGGAGGAAGUCCACUCAGGCUGGAGACGAUCUCAUGCGCUGUGUGGACCUCUACAACCAGGCCCAGUCCAAGUGGUUUGAAGAGAUGGUGACGACCACACUGGAACUGGAGCGGUUGGAGGUGGAGAGGGUGGAGAUGAUCCGACAACAUCUGUGCCAGUACACACAGCUGCGGCAUGAGACAGACAUGUUCAACCAAAGCACAGUCGAGCCUGUGGACCAACUGCUGCGAAAAGUGGACCCAGCCAAAGACAGAGAGCUGUGGGUCAGAGAGCACAAAACAGGCAACAUUCGCCCAGUGGACAUGGAGAUCUAGAAGGGACUGUUUGGUCCUGGGGGUCCUGCUAAGGAGAGGGGCUGGGGGUCCCAUGGAGAAGGGGCUGGAUAUGCCCUAUUACCUGCUAACCUAUCCACUGAGGAGGAGGAGGAAAAGAGCCAGUGAUUCCAGAAGGAGGGCCCAGCCAGGGACUCCCCACUAUUCCCAGGUCAUAAUGGAGGACCCACAGCCCUGUAUUCACUUCGAAGACUGAAGCCUCCCUCCAACUCCCAUGCUGUACUUGUUACUCUGAGAACCAACUGAGGCUAGAACCCUAGGAUCCCUGCUGAGUUCCACAGGGGUAGCCCCAGGUAUCCCAGGCUUGUCCUCUAGCUGGAUUGUCAUCUCCAGGACUAUGGUAGAGGAAGGGGUGGUGGUGUCUCUGUCUGCAAACAAUAUCAGGAUCAGAAUCAAGGACAGGAGGCAAAGUUCACAUCCUGCACCCUAAACCUUUCUCUGUUUCUCUUACUCUUCCCUCCCCACUUUGCAUUGUGGGAGCCCACAUCUAUUUUUUCAUCCCCCGCAGGAGGGGUGGGGUUUCUUCCCAACUCAAAUCUGGAGAGGUCAGAAUGGAACUACCUCAGUUGGCCCAACCAGAUCAUGUCUCCCAUCAGUCUCAGAUUCCAGAUCUGGCAUUCCAGAUGUGAAAUUCAGAUUCAGAUCAGACAUUAGCUGUAAAGUCUACCAUGAAGUCCCAAUCUACCCUUUCCUCAACCUCUUUCUCAAGGAGGAAACUCCCCCACAUCACCCUGACAGCCCUUUCCAGACUCAGUAGAAGAAUGUUUUCCAAAGUCUUUAGACAGCUGUGCACAUGUUCAAAGACUUUGGAGUAGAGUCUCACACAGUCUUGUUUGACACAUGCCCCCGCCCCUCAACAUGACAGCCUUGACUAGAGCUCUGCAGGCCAUGUACGACAGCAGUAAGGGUCAGGCUUGGUUUUUCUCUAGAGUGGCUCUAGCUGUGGGUGUGCACAAAGGGAUAGGAACUGCUGUCCCCCUUACUGCUGUUGGCCAAUGGUGCAGAUUCUCAGGGCUGUAGGUGGUUGCCACCCAGGAAGUGAAGGAACUUUGGGGAGUCACACAGUGAGUGGGAGGCAAGGGGGGCAGAAUUCUAGCUGGGAACUUGUGCCAGGGUAGGAAGCAUUUUUCCUCAUAUUUCCCACAGAUGACUUUGUAUUUGACCUGUCUAUCUUCUCAAAGGGCAGAAUCCUCUGAACGCCACUCACAUCUUUCGGUCUCACAAUCCAUAUUGCAGAUAGCUUACUAAUCUUUGACCUUUUAGCAGCCCGUCUACAGAACCAUCAUUCAUGGUUGUUAACAAGAUGCCUAAUACACUAAAACAAACUAAGCACUGUCACUUUUCUUACUAAAACAUAUCAACCAUAAAGGCCACCAUGAGGACAUUUCACCAACCUGUGGUCAGCAUGGACCAUGACACCAGCCUCUGAUAUUAGGACAUUAUUUCUUGGUUUCCUUAUUUUUAAAAAGGGGGAGUGCUAAUGGUAAUUUGCUUUGUGGCUUAGCAACCUAAUUUGUGAGUGAUGGUCAAAUUCCAGGUUUUGUCAUACACAGGGGUUUUGGUAUCACAAUGCAGCUCAGGACUUUGGUCCCUCACCCCACUCCCAAUCCAAAAUAUUCGGAGUCCCCUGAGAUGUCACUCCCUCCAGCAUAACCCCAGUUGGUUGGUGUGAACCAAUCCCAUCUAAGGCCAUUGUCUUUUUGAUGUCACCUCACUUCCUUUUAAUCUAUUCACAUAUACCUUCCCCCCUUUUUUGUCUCCUUCCUUCCAUUAUUCAUUCAUGAAGAGUUUUGUUAGAGACAAGCAAUCUGUAAUCUCCCAUCUGAAGACAGGACAGGCUACAGCUCUGUCACAUGAAGAAGCCCUCAAAUGUCCUAUGCAGACUCCUUUCCUCUUCCUGAGAUAGACUUGGCUCUCCCUCUCAGAUACUCUGCCCAUUUGAGUUCUCAGUGGUACCCACUAGAUGCUGGUUCUUGUGCAUCCAGUUUAUGUGCAUUUGAGUUCUCAGUGGUCCUGGCUGUAUGCUGGUUCAUAUCCAUCUUUUCAUUUGCACACAUUUUCUCAGUGAAUGCUUGGAACUGGGCGCUGAGUGCUGGAACUAGCCUUGUGUCUAAAAAAGCACCCCUUAGCUCAUUCCACUCCCAGGUAGAAAAGUGGGUUUUGACUCUUCUGGACAGAGGUGCCUUUUCCACCCCACCCACUGGGAUUCUUGAAGUAUUAACUCUCUGUGCUAAGAGAUCUUGAUGCAGCAGUGAGAUUUGAGUCUCCUUGCUACCAAACUCUCAGUUUAGACCCAGCUUCAACUUGUUUCUUUAUACUAUAAAUAGGGAGGGUAAGAACAUGGAGGAGGUGAGUGCCAGGAAAUGAUACUCAGAACUAUGAUCAUGGGAGAGUCAAGUGUCCAGCUACCUUCACAGCACCCAGUGGAUGAGAUCAAGAAGAUGAUGGCAUUUGAGAACCUGAAAGUGCAUACUGAGUCGAAUGUUCAAGUUGCUGUUGUGGUCCUUGGUCUCUAUGCAGUGCUGGGGACCCAGCCAAGAGUCACGUGUCUAGACCAGUGCUCUACCACUUAGCUACACCCAGCCCUGUUACCUUGCUUUUGUGAACACAUCAGUGCAUUGGUUCUGAGAGGAUCUGGCUGGGUUUAUUAAGAGUGGGUGAGCAUCCACUGUCCGUGCUGAGAGCAGCAACAGCCUUUUCUACCUGCCCCCACCUAAGAGUGCCACUGCACAUAAGCUUUGUCUGCAAAACCCUGAUUUAAAAAAAAAAAUCUCUAAAAUGAAUGAUGUUCAAAAAUGGGUUAGUUGCCAUGGCAACCUCCAGGAAGAGAUACUUGUUUCCCUUCAUUAUUUUCUAGUGCUUUUGAAUAGUCCCACAGUGCACAGGCCAUUUGAAGGAUGUGGGUGGCAGCCCUGGGCUGUGGGGGGGGAGGGGUGUUACCUUUCUACAUCCACACAAGACUUUGUUGACUCAGGAGGAUCUCUGCAAUGGUUGAUUAAUAGCUGAAGCAAAGUAUCCAAAUUUGUGACAGGGGUUUGUGUGUGUCUCCUCUGUAAAAUCCAGCCAAUUAUCAGGGUCGUGUAGAUGAGUGCAUGAGAAUCUCAGCUCAGCCAAAGCCCCUUCAUGGAAAUACAAGCCAUAAAAUUCAAAAGGUGUCAAAAGACCUUGGCUUGUUUAGGGGGUUUGUUCCCAUCCGUGAGUAGACUUGACAAGAAGAAUUUAAACAGGAGUCUGAAGACCUGCUGUUACUAGGAAACUAAGAAAGGCAUUUUACAGAUAGAAAGUAGGGGAGCAGGUCAGCUGCCUGAUGGCUUAGCCCAGAGACCCCCUCAUUGCCAAAGUUGUUCCCAUGCCACAAAGCAUCUCUCCACCUCCCUUUUCAAGGUAAUUGAGGUGUGAUUAAAAUACAGUACAACUCACUCUUUCAAGGAACACAGUUCUAAAAAAUUACCUUCUCAACCGCAACCAAGAUAGGCAUGUCACCAUGUCUCUUCCCCUUUCCCAGCCCCUGAUCUAGCAACCAGUACAAUGUUCUGUCCCUAUAAUUUUACUUUUUUCUACAAUGGAAUCACACUGAUACAACCUUCUGGGUCAGCCACGAUGUCAUGUGUGUCAGUAGAGGAUCUCCUUUUCCUGCUGAGUAGUAUUCUGUCAUAUAGACGGACCCCAGUAUUUCCUUAGUUCUAAAAUGAGUUUUUUAUGCCCUGGAACUCAUAGCCCCAAAUCUCCAGUUUGUUUGUAUAGCUGCUUCCAACCCACUUCUUCCUAUGUUGCUGGGGCUCCUUCCCCAGACACCAGCUGUGCUCUCAAGUUGGUGAUUCUAGUUUUGGGUCAAUGAAGAAAGCAGGAAGGGGCAGCAACAGAAUGUCACUCUCCACUGCUGCAGCAGUAAAUCUCUCAGUACAAGAGGACCUUCUCCUGCAGGGGAUGUCACCUCAGUUCUCGGUGGUGGCUUUAUAAUUUAUUAAACAUUGACCCUUAGGUAUAGCUUGACCCUUCCCUGAAUCUGUUUUGCCAUCUGCCAUUUGAGGGUGUUUGUUCUAAAAGACCUAUGAGGCUUUCCCCCUCCUAUUUCUCCCCCUUCCCCGUUGCCUGUUUGCACCCUAUGCACGUGGUCAUAGAUAAGCUGGGUCAUCUCCACAGCUGUGGCCAGAAAUCCCCACGAAGGGCACUUUUCUAGAUAGACCCAAAUGGAAUUAAAUCAUGUCACAAACUGAGAGAAUUACUUAGUUUCUCUCAGAACCCCUGAGGAGACUGUAAGUCAGUACCAGUAGCUUCUGGGUCUGUCUCAGGAGCGAGGACAGCUGUGAACACAGGGUCAGCUGAUCAAAUCCUUCUUGCUCAUUGUAGUUUGAUUUGCCAGCAGUCAUCCUGAGGCUAGCUUGAGCCUACACCUGUUAGAUAGUGGCAGACAUAGGCCCAAGCUCAGUAGAGGUCAGGCCAGGCUGAGGUUGGGACCCUCUGGGACCUAGUCCUCUAAGCUGUCUUGGUUGGAUACUGCUGAGUAAAAGGUAGACCUAGAAGGCUCUUGUGAAGCUCCAGGCAGACUGAAAUGUUCCUAGGUUCAGGGGAGAAUCAGAUCUGGGGGGUCAGAAACUAAGGAUCUUGAGAUAGGAGGCAAAGCUGCUGUGACCCUGAGGUAGAAGGGUUUUUGCUGGUUAAUCAUUCUGAGGUGAAGGAUCUGGUUCUCAAGGGGCAGGCUCUACCAGGGGCCCAAGAUCAAGGCUCCCCUGCCCUAAUCUUCUAGUGUUGAGUGUAGCUCUUGGGGACUGAACUGUUGAGGCUGGGCUGGGUAGUGUGGAUGGCCUUUAGACUCUUUCUGGGCCACAUGAGGGGUGUGGGCCCUUUGUGUUUAAGGAGAGUUUCUAAUAGGGCCGUACAGGUAGUGUGAAAGGCCAGAGCCACAGUAUGGCACCAGGGCAGAAAGGAAGAACUGAGACUGGCCCUGCCCUGCUUCUCGGUCUGUCCCGCAUCCUAAGGUCACACACACCCUGUCAGGACUUCUGUGUGCUCUCCUGUCCCUUCCUGCAGCUCCCUCAACAGACAGGUUCUUGGACACCAGGCACCAACAUUCCAAGGGACACCAGCCAACCUGGGUGAGGGCCCGACUCUGUAUGUCUUCCCUUUCCUGGGGAAAGAGAUGUUCAGAAGCAUUCCCUCGCAACCUGAGCACAUCAGCGAACCCAUGAAAGUGGAAUUUUCUAACAAAAUAAACUUGCUCGUUUGGUCUGUUUUCUGUAACUUUUGCUAAAUACUUUAUACAUUUUUAAUGUUGAAAAGCAGUGUCUCCUGCCAGAACUCCUCACCCAGGAUGAACGUGUUUACUCCACGCUGUAUAUCUUUCCAUGCUCUGGCUGCCUGGACCAGUAAAUAAAAUGGAUGUAAUAUAAGUUGUAAGUAACAUUGUCAAAACUCAGAUCCCAAUGGAGGCUGCACGCCUCCCCCAUCCCAUGAUAGCAUCUGUGUGUAUUAAUUCUGAAGAAUUAAAUGUUUAAAUUAGAGUUUAAA